AUGGCCGCAAGCGGUCGUCAGGAGGCAAGGGAGGAUGGAGGACUGCUUUGUGAAUCGGGGAGGAUGAACGCCCACGAUGAAGAGAUGGCACAAGAGCGUGGGUAUCACAGCGACGACGAGGAUAUAAAAUGCCUACUGAAUGCCGGGGAACAUGAAUCGAGCACAGCACAGCGAACAUCACACCCCGGCUACCCGAAACUUGAAACAAGGCGUUUCGACAACGUUGAUUGGCGCCCCGAUCCUAUUUCUUUCAAGUCGAAACUUCUUCAUCUAGCAACUCCGAACUUCAACAAACGCACUGCCAUCAUGGUUGCCUUUAGCGCUGGAGCGCUUCUUCUGACGCUGCGCGUCCUCCUUUCCGCCACUCCUUCCACUGCUGUGCCUGUUGCGCAAGCACCUGCUCCUUCAUACGCACCAGUCCCAGCCCCAUCAGCAGCACCGGCACCGGCAGCACCAGGUGGUGCUUCCGGCUACUGGCUCGAGACCAUCAAGCGCCAGGGCCAGGCUCCCUUCAACCCCAACCCAGAGUCCUACAAGGUCUUCCGCAAUGUCAAGGAGCUUGGAGCCAAGGGUGACGGAUCCACUGACGAUACCGAAAUCAUCAACAAGAUCAUUGCCGACGGCGAGCGUUGCGGCGAGGGCUGCGACUCCACCACCACCACACCGGCACUCAUCUACUUCCCCGCCGGUACCUACAUGAUCAGCAAGCCCAUCAUUCAAUACUACUACACCCAGUUCGUCGGUGACCCAUUGAACAUGCCUGUUCUCAAAGCCACCGCGGACUUCGAGGGAAUGGGUUUGAUCGAUGCCGAUCCCUACAUCCCAGGCGGCGACGGCGCCAACUGGUACACCAACCAGAACAACUUCUACCGCCAGGUCCGCAACUUCGUCAUCGACAUCUCAGCUACCAAGGCUGCCGCUGGUAUCCACUGGCAGGUCUCCCAAGCUACCAGUCUCCAGAACAUCGUUUUCGAGAUGGCCAAGGGUGACGCUGGCAAGGACCAGAAGGGCAUCUUCCAGGACAACGGCUCCGGUGGUUUCAUGACCGACCUGACCUUCAACGGUGGCGCCAUUGGCGCCUUCAUGGGCUCACAGCAAUUCACCAUCCGCAACAUGACCUUCAAUGACUGCGGUACCGCCAUCUUCCAGAACUGGAACUGGGUCUUCACAUACAAGAGCAUCUUCAUCAACAACUGCCAGGUUGGUCUUGACAUGGCCAACAGCCCCGCCAACCAGACUGUCGGCUCCGUUCUUCUGCUCGACAGCAAGUUCACGAACACUCCCAUCGGUAUCAACUCGUCUUUCACCGAGAACAGCAUUCCCACCACUGGCGGCACUCUCAUCCUUGACAACUGCGACUUCACCGGUUCCGAGAAGGCUGUCAUUGGUGCUACGGGUAACACUAUCCUUGCGGGUGGCAAGAAGGUCGAGACAUGGGCUCAGGGUAACGCUCUUGCUGCUGGCGCACAACUUGGCCGUGUUCAGGGUGAUGUCAAUGGCGCACCUGUGAAGCCCCAGAGCCUCCAGGGUCUCAACGGCUGGUUCGAGCGCAGCAAGCCCCAGUACGAGAACGUCGACGUCUCCAAGUUCGUCAGCCUUAAGUCCAAGGGUGCCAAGGGUGACGGUGCUACCGAUGACACUGCUGCUAUCCAGGCUGCUAUCGAUGGUCUCCAGGAAGGCGAGGUUCUCCACGUCGACCACGGUGCCUACCUCAUUACCAAGACUGUCGUCGUCCCCGCUGAGAAGAACGUCAAGAUGGUCGGUGAAGUCUACAGCACUUUCUUCAUCACCGGCGAGUUCUUUUCCAACAUGGACGACCCCAAGCCUGGUUUCCAGAUCGGUGCUAAGAGCGGCGACAAGGGUUCUUUCGAGGCCUCUGACCUCAUCAUCGGUACUCAGGGCCCUGCUCCAGGUGGUAUCUUGAUGGAGUGGAAUAUCAACGCCGAGAACGGCGCAGCCGGUCUUUGGGACGUCCACUUCCGUGUCGGUGGCUACGCCGGGACCAAGCUCCAGUCCUCGAACUGCAAGAAGAACCCCGAUGCGACCCACGAGCCCAACCCAGAGUGCAUCGGCUCCUUCAUGCAACUCCAUAUCACCAAGAACUCCAACGGCUACUUCGAGAACGUGUGGCUCUGGACCGCCGACCACGAGCUCGACCAAGACGACCACUCCCAGAUCGACAUCUACAACGGCCGCGGCAUGCUCGUCGAAUCCCAAGGCCCUGUCUGGCUCUACGGCACCGCCUCCGAGCACUCUCAAAUGUCUCAAUACCAGUUCUCCGGCGCAAAGGACAUUUUCUACGGCGCUAUCCAAACCGAGACGCCUUACUACCAGCCCAACCCCACCGCCGCCGUUCCCUUCACCAAGAACGACAAGUUCUUCGACCCAGACAUGAGCCAAGCCAAGGCCGCCUGGGCCGUCCGUGUCACCGACGGCAGCGACAGCAUCUGGAGCUACGGCGCGGGUACCUACUCGUUCUUCCAGAACUACGACCAAGACUGCGUCGUCGGCCAGAACUGCCAGCAAGACAUGAACGAGAUUGCCAACUCGACAAACGUCAACUGGUUCGGUCUGAGCACCAAGGCUUCCGUCAACAUGAUCACCAUGGGUGGUCAGGGUCUAGCCAAGGACGAGGAUAACCGCUCCAACUUCUGCGCUACCCUUGCUAUCUUUGCUCAGGCAUAA